AUGAAAUUUGUUGUGAGUGUUUACUUUACACUGUGUCUUGCCUCUGCCAUUAUCAUUGCGAUGAGCACAAUAGAAAGGGCGAGGUUGUUGUUAGGCACCAGCGAGUACUACGUCAGAGUGAUCAAUGGUUUCACUGACAAUUCCUCUGUGCCGUUGGUCAUUUGGUGUUCUUCCGAGGACAUGGAUCUCGGGGGGCGUGCCCUUCAGGAGCACGAUGAUUUCAGUUGGGUGAUGAGGCCAAGCUUUUGGAGCAGCAACCGCAUGAAGUGUACCAUGAAAUGGGACAGUACCAGGAAGAGUUUCGAGGCGUUUAAGGCUUCCAGAGACUCCGAGCGAUGUGGGAUUCAGAGGAUGUGCUUCUGGAUGGUCACUCAAGAUGGCUUCUAUUUCAGCAAUGAUGAGGUCAAUUGGAGGAAGGAUUUCUUGUGGUGA